UCAUGCUCUCUUGCUUCCCACCUGAAGAUGCCAUCCCAGGGGUCCUUGGGCCAAUAUGCUAAAGUGUUACUAAACCCAGGACCCUGCAUUCACUAUAUCUGGUCUCCCACAGACCCUGCAUUCACCAUAUCUGGUCUCCCACAGUACACAGAGAACAUGGAAAUGCAAUUAUUUUAGUAAAUAUAAACUGCUAAAUAUCUUCUCUCAUCAGCAGUUAGAGCAGUAUUGUGACUUAUAUCAGUUCAACACUGAAUAAAGCUUGUAGGAGGAGUUUUCUUUCUGCUCUAG